AUGGCAUCACUAAGAACGACACUCCAUACGGGCGUCCUUCGAAGGGCCGGGACCCUUGGCACCGCCGGGCUCAGCGCGAGAUUCCGGAGCAAUCUGGCACCUGCUGAGCCACCCGAGGCGCCUGCUCUGCAUCAGAAUCAACCUAACUACAGCCUUCAACCUGAUAAGGCAACCUCGACUUUCUCGCCAGUUCCAAAGCGUAUCCAGAGUGGAACUGAGCAGAGCGAAACCAUCCCUGCCGCAAUUGUCUCCGGUGCGCCCAUAGAAUUGCAGGGGAGACAAGUUAGAAUCUAUAAGGAGGCAAAGCCUGCUACACAGUCUGGUGGAUGGAAGGGGCACCACUGGAGGAUGGACUGGGACAUUCUUCCAAAAGGCCAUCGGUGGGAAAACCCACUUAUGGGAUGGCAAUCGUCUGGUGAUAUGAUGCAGGGGACCAGAAUUUUCUUUGAGUCGAGGGAGGAUGCCAUUCGCUUUGCUGAAAAGCAAGGCUACGAAUACUAUGUGCAGGAACCAAACACUCGUGCUUUCAAACCAAAGUCAUAUGCCAACAACUUUACUUACUCUGCGGGCAAAUUGAAAAUGGCUCGCACCAAGUAG